CUAUAACCCCUUCAACAAAUCGAACAGAAGGGCAUAAUAAUAUUGCCUCCUAUAAAAAAGUUUAUGGCAUUCGCCGCACCCACCCUCGGCUCGACCGUCUUCUCACGACUUUUCCGCACCUUCUCCACCACUUCUCCGUCCCUCUCACACACAACGGAAUCAAUAUCGCGUAAUAUGACUAGCUCGUCUACACAAACGGCGACCCUCGCCGCAGGGUGUUUUUGGGGUGUUGAGCAUCUCUUCCGCAAGCAAUUCGGGCAGGGCAAGGGCUUGCUCGAUGCAAAGGUUGGAUAUUGCGGAGGAAACACAGCGUCGCCGAAUUAUCGGGCUGUUUGUACGGGAGAUACUGGGCAUGCUGAGGCCCUUAAAAUCACCUUUGACCCGUCGUUGGUGAGCUACCGCUCGCUGCUGGAAUUCUUCUACCGCAUGCAUGAUCCCACGACCAAGAACCAACAGGGCCCGGAUGUUGGCACGCAGUAUCGCAGUGCCAUUUUUACGCAUGGCGACGAGCAGCAUAAAAUCGCAGAAAGUGUUACGGAAAAAGUGAGCAAGGAGUGGUACAAGCAGCCCCUUUCAACGGAAAUCAUCCCUGCGGGCCAGUGGUGGGAUGCGGAGGAGUACCAUCAGCUUUAUUUGCACAAGAAUCCAUCUGGAUAUGAGUGUCCUGCACACUUUGUCAGGAGCUUUCCGCCGCUUUCUGAGUGAGUGGACACUAAAUUUCUAUGACCAGUAUCUCAGGUGCUUUAUGCUGUAUCUGCGCCGAUUGGGCCGCUCGGGCAUCAUGUUGGAUAUAUCAAUGACGACUGUCUUCUGAAUGAAUGUCAAA